GACUGGUUCUCCCGUGCUCCUCCGCGCGGCGUCGCGGGGAGCGGGUCCUGGCUGCGGUGGGUGCAGGGUGCUUGUAGAAAAGUGGCACCCAGAGGUCUGUUGGGGGGUCGCUGUCGCCAAGGAACUCAGGCUGGUUCCUGUCCUAGAAGGAGUGCGGGAGGCCCAAGUUGGAAUAUAAGUUUAAGGUUCCGAGAGGCGAAAGACUGGGAACUGCCCCCCCCCCCGCGCCCCCCGUCCCAGGCUGCAGCUGGAGCGGCCGGCCCCACGCGGGUUAAAACUCCCAGGGAGCCCUCCUGCUCCCACCUGUUCCUCUCCCCACCUUCCCACCUGGGGGCCCAGGUCUCGGAGUCGCAGCGGUCCCAAAUUGGGGGGCUGGAUGUGCGCGCCCGCUGCUUCCCGGGAACUAGGGGGCGGCUGCUGAGCCCCGAAGCCCGCGAGUCGUGUGCGCCCCCGGCCGCCUCCUUUCCGAGGGCAGCGGAGGGGCUUCGCCAUGGUCAGCCGAGUCCUCAGGGUGCGCAGGUGGGCGCCCGCGGGCGUCCUGGCCUCGCUGGCGUACUGGAUCCACCAGCGGCGCGUGGCCCUGGCCGAGCUGCGAGGGGCGGGCGGCCAGCAGCCCGUGGACCGGAGCCUGUUGGAGUUGAAAAUGGUGCAGGUGGUGUUCCGACACGGGGCGCGGAGUCCGCUCAAGCCGCUCCCGGUGGAGGAGCAGGUAGAGUGGAAUCCCCAGCUCCUGGAAGUCCCACCCCAAACUCAGUUUGAUUACACCGUCACCGACCUUGCUGGUGGCCCGAAACCGCAUUCUCCGUUUGACUCCCAGUACCGUGGGACCGUCCUGAAGGGGGGCAUGCUUGCGGGCCAGCUGACCAGGGUGGGCAUGCGGCAGAUGUUUGCCCUGGGAGAGAGGCUGAGGAAGAGCUACGUGGAGGACAUCCCCUUCCUUUCGCCAACCUUCAACCCACGUGAGAUCUUUGUUCGUUCCACUAACAUGCAUCGGAAUCUGGAGUCGACGCGGUGCUUGCUGGCUGGGCUUUUCCAGUGUCAGAAAGAAGGACCCGUCGUCAUCCACACUGACGAGGCGAGCUCUGAAGUCCUGUACCCCAACUACCAGAACUGCUGGAGCCUGCGGGAGAGAAUCAGAGGCCGGAGGCAGGCUGCCUCUCUGCAGCCAGGAAUCUCGGAGGAUUUGGAAAAGGUGAAGGAGGGGAUGGGCAUUGCCGAUAGCGAUGGCGUGGACUUCUUCAUGCUCCUUGACAACAUGGCUGCUGAGCAGGUGCACGGCCUCCCGAGCUGCCCGGCGCUGAGGAGAAGUGCACGGAUCAUUGAACAGAGAGCCGUGGACACAGCCUUGUACAUGCAGAUUGGAGACAGGGAGAGUCUCCAGAUGGCGGUAGGACCAUUUCUCCACCUCCUGGAGCGCAACCUGCUGACGGCCGUGGGCCCUGCCACGCCCCCCGGCAGCCACAGAAAGCUGUACCUCUAUGCGGUUCACGAUGUGACCCUCCUGCCUCUCCUCCUGGCCCUGGGCAUUUUUGACCACAAAUGGCCACCGUUUGCUGCCGACCUGACCAUGGAGCUCUACCAGCACCGGCAGUCCCAGGAGUGGUUUGUGCAGCUCUAUUACCACGGGGAGGAGCAGGUGCCGCGGGGCUGCCCGGACCGGCUCUGUCCGCUGGACAAGUUCCUGAACACCUUGUCCGUUUACACCUUAAGCCCAGAAAAAUACCACGCACUCUGCUCUCCAGCCCAGGUGACGGAACUUGGAAAUGGAGAGUGACUGCUUCUCCAAGCGGAUGUGUUGAUUUUAAAAUAAAAUGCCCUGCACACUG